AUGGCGGCGGCUCAUGCUGUGGUGCGGCUAGGCCUUCUCCACAUGAGGAACUUUCAGAGAUGGUUCUCACGCCUUAGGCUUCACCCCUCCCAGGACGGGGGGAGGUUGAUCUGGGUUCCCCAAAUUGCAGCGUCGGACAUCAGGUUCUGGCUCACUCCGGGUCUAUUGCGGGACGGAGUGACUCUGGCCUGCGCCGUGUCUCUGCGCCGUGUUCACGGACGCGUCACUCGAGGGUUGGGGCGGGGUCCUCGGUCAGAGCUCUGUAGGAGGCUGCUGGUCGGACUCAGCCCGCCACAUCAACCUGCUGGAGAUGGAGGCAGUACACAGGGUACUGCUGCACUUUUCUCCUCAGCUGCAGGGGAGACACGUGAUGGUUCGCUCAAACAACACCACGGUGGUGUCUUAUCUGAACAGGCAGUGGGGCACCAGAUCCCCCGCUCUCCAUCGCAUGGCAACGGUGACGCUGCUGUGGGCGGCGCUUCACCUUCUGUCCCUGAGGGCGUGCCACGUCCCGGGUGCCCGGAACGUGGGGGCCGACAGGAUGUCCAGGGGGGGCCCACUCCAGGACAAGUGUGGCCUGGCCCCACGGAUAGCUGCAGAGGUCUGGCGGAGAUUCGGUCGUCCAGUGGUCGACCUUUUCGCCAGUGCAGAGAACGCACAGUGCCCGUCCUGGUUCGCCUUAAGGGCCGUGGACGAACCGCCCUUAGGGGUGGACGCUCUGGCUCACUACCCCUGGCCAGGGGGCCUGCUGUAUGCGUUUCCGCCAGUUCGUCUCCUGCCAGUCCUGCUGCGGAGGAUCGAACAGGAGGGGAGGUCGGUGAGCCUUUUGAACCGGUGGCGGAGGCGAGUCCCGAGUGUGUUGCUUUUAAGACUGCCCUCUUGCUGGCGUUGGCGUCUGCUAAGAGGGCGGGCGACUUGUGUGCGCUCUCCGUCCAUGCGUCUUGCCUGUCCUUGGAGACGGUGACGGUCUGGUGGAGUUGUGGCCCAAUCCGGCUUUUCUCCCUAAGGUCAUCACUUCGGCCUUCAGGUCGAGAGUGA